AUGUAUUGCGUUAGUCAAAAAUCACCGCCCCUCCACCCCCAUGCUUUUACUCCUCCCGUUUCGAUCGGCAAAUUUCGGGGGUGGAUUCUGGCUAUCUUCUGGAUCGAACGGGACGGUACUCGUUCAAGGCAUAUGGCAUCAGAAGCAAUCGAUAUUAAAACGGCUUAG